AUGGCAACUUCACUUCUAGGGGAGGAGCCGAGGUUAGGAUCCACUCCUUUAGCCAUGUUGGCUGCAACAUGCAACAAAAUAGGGAGUCCGAGCCCUUCGCCUUCGGCUAUUUCGGAUAAUUCCUCGUCCUUUGGGAAGGGCUUCCACCCGUGGAAGAGAGCCGCCGCGAGCAGCUGCAGCCUCGGGUCCGGCCUGUCCGGGUUCGGGGUGUCCCGCAACGGAGGCGGCAUCUCGGACUCUUUCGCCAGCAACAGCUCCGGUGGAUCCAGCGCUUUUUCCCUCACGUCGGGCUCCUCGCCCGGGGCCCACUUUGGAAACGACUACUCUGUUUUCCAAGCGUCCGUCUCCAGCAGCUCCCAGGAGUCCAGCCACCAGCCGGUCUUCAUCUCCAAGGUGCACACCUCGGUGGACAGCUUGCAGGGCAUCUAUCCGAGGAUGAGCGUCGCGCAUCCCUACGACUCCUGGUUCAAGUCGUCCCAUCCCGGCAUCCCCACCGGGGACGUCGGGACCACCGGAGCCUCGGCGUGGUGGGACGUGGGAGCGGGAUGGAUCGAUGUUCAGAACCCUAACGGAGCAGCACUUCAGUCGUCCUUGCAUUCCGGUGGACUCCAGACCUCCUUGCACUCUCCCCUGGGCGGAUAUAACUCUGAUUACUCCACGUUAAGUCACUCCGCGUUCAGCACAAGUCCCUCUCCACACCUGUUGACAAGCGGCCAGCACCUGAUGGACGGCUACAAGCCGGUGUUAUCCUCUUAUCCGGACACGAGCCCCUCUCCAUUAGCCGGGGCGGGGGGCACCAUGCUCUCCGGGGGUCCACCUGCCUCUUUAGCGGGGUCCCCGAGGUCAUCUGCCCGCCGGUACUCGGGCAGAGCCACCUGCGACUGUCCAAACUGCCAGGAGGCGGAGAGACUAGGACCGGCGGGCGCCAGCCUCCGGAGGAAGGGCCUCCACAGCUGUCACAUCCCGGGCUGCGGGAAGGUUUACGGGAAGACGUCGCACCUCAAGGCGCAUUUGAGGUGGCACACCGGCGAGAGGCCGUUCGUGUGCAACUGGCUCUUCUGCGGGAAGAGGUUUACGCGCUCCGACGAGCUGCAGCGACACUUACGCACACACACCGGGGAGAAGAGAUUCGCCUGCCCGGUGUGCAACAAGAGAUUUAUGCGCAGCGAUCACCUGAGUAAACAUGUAAAGACUCACAGCGCCGGGGGAUCCGCCGGCUCUGGCUCCGGGGGCAGCGGAGGGAAGAGGGGGAGCGACACCGACAGCGAGCACAGCGCGCCGGGGAGCCCCCCGUGCCAUUCCCCCGACCUGUUGCACCCCCCCGAGUCCACCCAGGGAGGGGGCAUGAACGGCCUCUAA